AUGCCGGAGAACUCGAUACAGUCUUGCUUCACACCGUCAUCGUCGCCGACAAAACAGGGCGAUGGCUUCACUGCUGAAGAAGUGAGAUCGGCAGCGCAGCCUGAUGGAGCAUCCGCAACAGCAUCAUGGGCUCCAAAUCUUGAGUACGAAGAAGCUGAUCUAGGCAGUCUUGAGCCUGGUCCACGUAACCUCACUCUCAUGGGCCGUGUGGUCAACUUCUACAACGUCGCGAAACCCAGCAAGCAGCGCAAAGCUGCUCAAGGCUACCUUAAGAUUCAGCUCGCCGACAACACCGGUGUGCUGACUGUACGUCUCUGGUAUAACAACACCAUCUACCACAUCCGACUUGGUCAGUUGGUCACGCUGUGGACGGUGCAUGUCUCCAACAGCUCGGAGCACAACAGCCUCGCACCCAGCACCGCACCGCUAUUCACCAGCAUCUUCCCCGAAGGCGAGCGGAACUGCUACUUCAUGGUGCACGAGAAAAGCGACGACGGCACACAAUUCAAGCGCCCUUUCAACUGUAAAGAUUCCAACACUCUCCCCGGCCUCAUGACGCUCAAGACCUUCGCAGACGGCGGCUACGACAUCGACGGCCCUAAACUGCUCGUAAACGGCACCACCUCCACCCUCGUCUCCCUCGCCAUCUUCGACGCCACUGCCUCCGCCUCCCUCACUCUCUACGCCCCACUCUGCUCCUCCGCCUCCUCCUUCACACCCUCCAAAACCAUCCUGCUCAUCUCGAACCCCGGCUGGCGCAUCGACAAGACGGCGAAACUCACCCUCAACGCCACCUCCCGCCUCGACAUCGACCCCGACCUCAGCGACGCGCGCCGCCUUCGCGCCCUCGCACAGCGCCUGACGCGCCGCGAGCAUGUGAACCCGCCAUUUCCCGCGAUAGACAUAGGCGCAUGCGAGACAGCGCAGGUCCGGGCGAAGUACACGCUCGCAGACGUGGAUGAGUUUGCGCGCGCGAAUCCGCGCGGGUACAUCGUGGCGCCGUAUAAGCGCAACAUGCUCAUGUGCAACGAGUGUUGUGGGAUGGAGGUGUAUGGCAACUCACUGCGGGAGAAGUGUAGGGGGUGUCAGAGGGACGUGGCGUUGAGGAUUAAUCCGAAAAUCCUCGGUCCUGUACUUGACGAAACUGGCCAGAUCGGCAGCGGGAAACUCAUCCUCUCCGACCAGGCUUGGGAGCAGUUACUCGGUCGUUCGGCGGAGCAGCUCGUUUCUACUGAGAUGGACGUGCUGCGCUAUCUGGAGCAGCGGUUGCUCUUACUGCGCGUCACGAUGGGAUUCGCACUGAGGCUGGGAGAUGAGAUUGGCAGACUUGCUGUAUGGUGUAUCAAGAACUGA